AUGGGGAAUCUCUCCUCUUCCCCCAAGUUUUUCCCAAGGUCCCAACGUCCCAACGUCGUCAUCGCGUCCGGUCCGGCAACCAUACCCCGGACUUUGUGUCUUUUCUUCCUCAUUGCUGUUGGAACGUCAAUCCAACCCACCAAUCCCAGAAGGAACUUUUGGCCCAUUGUCCUAGCCGGCCCUGUUCCUGAAAGCUACCCAAGCACCAAAGGUAGCCAACCACGCGCCAAUUGUACCCCGCUCGUCCCAUUGGAGAGGGUAUCAUCGCCGCCAUUCUCGACCUCGCCGUCGGCCCAGCCUCGCCCUGCCCUGCUGCUUGUCCGGAGCUGGCUCCCCUGCACCUCACCUCAAUUCAUGAGCAAUUGGAUUACCUAG